AUGUGGAAGCUCCUGGAACAAGCGGCCAAGAACGCAUCGAUUAAUGCUUCAAGCUACGUACUAUCAGUGCAUGAGAAGGCUCAGACUCUUGCUGCUGCUGUACAGGAUGAAGCCUCGGCGUUAUUGAGCAAUGCCAUGGGCUCUGCUCGCUCUGGACCGGUGGAUGAGAUUUUGUUCGAGGAAGUGGCAGACUAUCAGCAGUUCUUGAGCUUUUUUUCGAUUGAGGAACAUAAACACGAGAUCAAGCGAGCAUUGGAUGAAGAUGCGGACAUUUGCGCGCUGCACGAUACCAUCGUCCCGCUAGAAUUGAGCUAUGACGAGUUCUGGUGUCGCUACUUCUUCCGGCAGCAGCAGGCAGAGCAGCGCGAAAAGAUAGGACAGAAGCAAGACGUAGUAGACACUAAAAAAUCUCCAGAGGAAAAUAGAGAGAAGGAGUACAGCGGUGACGAGGCUCUUAAUGGAGAUUACGAACAUAGACCGCAGGACAUGCAGCUGUCUCGAGAGAAGGCAGACUGUGAGGACCAAGAAGGACUUUGGAUUUUGAAAGCAGCAAGAGAUGCAGAACGACGAGCAGCCACGCAGUGGCGACAAAAGGCGAGAGAUUUGCACCACCAAGUGCACGAAAUAAAGCUGAGCUACGAUGAAAAGGAGCAGAAAGCGGUGCAAGAAUGGGAAAAACAGCUGCAAACACUAUGUGAUCGUUAUGAGACCAAGAUGGCUGCAUUAACCUUGCAGAUUAGUGAAGCACGGGCGGCAGGGUAUGGUGAAGGAAUUCGUGAGAGUCAGGCCGCUUUGGAAGGUGUACAGCAGAAAGCGAAAGAGGAUACGACGCGACUCCGUUGUGAGAUUUGUGAGGGUGUGUUUGGUGCUUCGGUAGAAGAAAGAAUAGCUACUUUGACGAAAGAGAAGGAGAAUUUGCAAAAAAAGCUUAUAAUUGCUCGUGAACAGAUAGUUGAGCUAGAGAAGCGAGGUGGCAUACCGGCUGAGAAGGCUGGAGAUACAGCUUAUGCGGAGCUGACUAAGGAGAAGGAUUUGUGGCGUAUAAAGGCACUAAAAAUGAAGAAGCUCAAGGACUUUGUGCAUGCCGAACUAACAACGCUACGUCAGCAACGUGAUGCACCUGCUGGCUCUGAUUCUCUCGCAAGUGGUAUUCAAUCCACAAACUCGGACGAUCACAGAAAACUCCAGACUCGCAUGGAUGAGCUGCAAACUCAGCUAGCAACUGCGCUGGUUGGUUCUGAAGCUCAAGCUCGUGAAGCUUAUGAAAAGGGUAUUGAGACAGGCAAGGCAGAAGCAGAUCAACGAGCAAAGAGAGAGCGCGACGUAGCAUAUCAGGAGGGAUACAAGAAGGCGCAAGCUGAUGUCAAGAGUGAAAUGGGUGUGCUAAAGGCUGAGCUUCAAAUGUUUCGUGCAUUCCAUGAGAGUGCAGCUCACUGCGCUGAUCACGUUGAUGAAAACAUAGAAGAUCUUUUAGAUGGUUCUCUGGACGACAUCUCGCUGGCUGAGGGGCAAGCACUGUGUUCACCGACAUCAUCUGUUUCAAUAUUUACUGAUAACGGUAAGAACGACUUCUCCUGUGAGUCCACGAACGACUGGGGUGAGUGGUAA